CUUACCACGAGUAUACCAACUGAAUCAUGACUGGUCGCGGAAAGGGAGGAAAAGGAUUGGGAAAAGGAGGAGCAAAGCGUCAUAGGAAGGUUCUGCGUGAUAACAUCCAGGGUAUCACAAAGCCUGCCAUCCGUCGUCUGGCUCGUCGUGGCGGUGUGAAGCGUAUUUCUGGUUUGAUCUACGAAGAAACUCGAGGUGUACUGAAGGUAUUCCUUGAGAACGUUAUUCGUGACGCUGUAACUUACACCGAGCACGCCAAAAGGAAGACUGUGACUGCUAUGGAUGUCGUCUACGCAUUGAAGCGUCAAGGAAGAACUCUGUACGGCUUUGGCGGUUAAACGCUACUCAAAAAGUCGACACAAACGGCCCUUUUCAGGGCCACCAAAUAUUUUAAACAAGGAACCCUCUGUUUUAAUAACAUUCUAUUGGUAAAAAUUUAACCAUUUAAAUGUACUUAACAACUGAAUUACUCUUUGAACUGUCUAACAUAAUAUGACUACUUUGAAGUUCAAUAUUAAAUAAUGAAAAGGGCCGCUGAAUUAUUCGUCGAUUGAAGAAAUUACUUUGCUAGUCUUUCUUGCGCCUGAUUGAUAUUAUUGGUAAAAAUUUAAUCAAUUUAAUGUACUUAACAAAAAAUUACUCUUUGAUAUAUCUAACAUAAUACGUAUAUAUUGUAGUUCAUA